AUGAUGAAAAGAAAACUUGAUCCUACAAACACCAUACACAUGGCCUCAAAUGAUUCAUUACUAAGUCCUAAGUCAUCCAAGCUCAACCAUGUUUCAAAAAUCAGGAAAUUGUCUAAUAAUACAAAUAAUCAUAAGAUAUCUACAACCCCAAAGGUUACAAUAAAUAAUAAAACACCGGAAAAACUAAAUAAAAGUAAGAAAAUGGAUGAUUCCCUGUCCAGAAAAUCGACAUCAGAUACUGAAAGUAAUAUGAACUUUGAACCGUUAAAUAAAAAUACAAAUUUUACCUACGAAAAUGAUAUAUUAAAGGAUUUUAUUGAAUUGAGUAACCCGGUUAGUUCAACACAUCAACAAAACUUCGUGGAUCAAACUUUACCACUAGAACAUAACCCAAUCACUGAUUCCCAGAUAAUUAGGAUAAUAGAUAAUAAUAAUGAAUACGAUUAUCAAAAGUUAGCUGAAAACGAUAACUAUCCUCAAAUAACCAAGGGCGUUGAUAACGAAGUCCCAAAAGAACAGUGUGAAAAUUAUUUAGGUAAUAGUGAACUUGGGUCAAUUAUUAAUUCACAAAUUCUUGAAGAUAACUUAAAAGAAAAGUUAACCCCGUCCAGAAAAGCAAAUUAUGUACACACGCUUCUUUCGGGAAGAACAAGCCUUGACGACUCGAUUAAUAUUUUAAAUAAAUUGAGUCAGAGUGAACUUAAUACGCAAGUUUCACCAGUUUACUCACCAGUUAAUUCACAAAAUUCAAUACCAGAAAACCAAAACGAUAAAUAUUAUGAAGUUGAAUCAAUUAAGGAAGCCUUGGAUAACGAAUAUGUGUACACUGAUACUACUGUGAUAGAUACUACUAGCACGAUUACCAAUAAUGAAACUGAUCAUAAUGAUGAAAGCAAUAAUGUUACACCUUAUAGAGAGAUAGAGUAUGAUAACUCAGAAGUGACUAAAGCUGAUGAAAGUGUAGAGUUUAGAGAAGCAAGAGAGGAAGAAGAUUAUUCCGAAAUGGAUAGUGAUGUAAUAGAGUUUAAUCAUGAGCAUGACGUGGAAGAGCUAAUAUCAAGGUAUAAAACACUGUAUAAUAAUAGUUUUUUUAACUGUAGCAAGACUGGAACAGGGAAAUUGAGAGUAGUGGUUAGAUGUAGACCAAGCACAUGUAGGAACAAGGCAAUACAAUGCGAAAGAUCAUGUGUAAAGUUAUUUAAACCGGGGAAUAAGAACAGUGUGUUAAAGUCUCAAAGGCCUGGGAUAUUCGAAUUCAACUUUGACCAUAUCGUCAUGGAAAACGAGUCAACAGAAAAACUUUACACAAUUAGUUGCAUGGAUCUCAUUGAAAAACUCUUUUCGGGAAUUAGUGUUACAAUAUUUGCGUAUGGUAGCACAGGCUCAGGAAAAACCUAUACAAUUGCAGGAACGGAAAGUAGUGUAGGUUUGCUGCAGCUGAUGAUUACUGAUUUGUUCAAGUCUAGUCAGGUAAUUGACAAGGAACUGUACCUCUCGUACUACGAAGUGUAUAAUGAGAAUGUAUAUGACCUGCUUCAGGAAAAUGAAAUUAACUUGCAUUUACAGGAGAAUGAAAGUAAAGUCUUCGUUAAGGGAUUAACAAGGGUUAAGAUUUCCAAUUAUGAAGAUUUUAAGAGGCUUUUCGAAAUUGGAGACAAAAAUCGCAAAGUUUUUUCAACAAACGCAAACAGAUCAUCAAGCCGCUCCCACGCAAUUCUUCAGAUACAAACAAGCCUAAAUACCAAGUUGACCAUCAUUGACCUGGCAGGGUCAGAGAGGAUGAAAAUAACAGACAAUGCUGGUGAUAGACUAAAGGAAUCAUCCUAUAUUAAUCAAUCACUCCUGGCACUUAUUAACUGUAUAAAUACAUUAGCAAAGAAGUCCAAUAGCAUGAGUGGAUCAGGAGGGACUGGAGAAAGAGUAAAAUAUAGAGACAGUAAGCUGACUCAUCUGCUGAAAAACUCCCUCACAAAUAACUGUUUUAUACUUAUGAUAGCGCACGUUAACCCUGAAAACAAGUUUUAUCAGGAUUCCUAUAACACCAUUAAGUAUGCAUUGAGGGCAAAAGAUGUUGAAAUCUCACAAGUUAUCACAAAUUCUGUUAGUCCAGUUUUAAACCUAAAAAGUGGUAAGGAGGUUAUCAAAAAGUUUUCCAAAGAACUCCUGUUUUUGGUCAACUUGAUGAAAAACAACAUUAGUGAGAACAAAUUGGAACUGAUAAGGAAACACAUUUCACAAUCUCACCUAGUAGGGCGACCUCUACAUUACAUCGGCCAGCUCUCCCUGGAAUCUUUUAACCGACAGGUUAUUCAAGGUUUGAUUUUCAAAACUGACUUAAUUUCUAUAGCUACAAUUGACAAGUGCUCAAAAACACACAAUCCAAGAAUAUUAGAGGCAAUAAAACAGUCCUGGAUUGAAAAUUUGAACAAAAGACUUAACUCAGUAAAAUAUCAAUCGAAAAAAAGUCAUUCUAAACUAUCAAAAUCAGUUAGAGAGGUUUUAGAAGAGAAUAAGGAAUCAGAGAAACCAGAAACAUCUGAAGACGAGUUUUUGGAUGCGGAUGUUGUUUUAGCAAAACAAUCCUCCUCGUCAGUGUCGCCAGUUUUAAGACCAACAAAUCCAGUCACAUCAGAGUUACCAAAAAAUGAUGAAUUUUCCUUAAACAUAGAAAAGGCUGGUGAUAAUUCAGAGAAGGAAAACCCUGAUACAGAUAUAAGUAUCUCUGACAUUAGCGAUUUGGACGACGAGGAACCUGAGACUGAUGACUUGGUAAUAGGAAUGCUAGAUAAGGUACUGAACCACUCAGUUACCAGACCAAGUAGUAAGAAGUUUGGGCCUCCUUUAUGGAAACUUAAGUUAAAAUAUGGAAUAAUGCAGGUGUGUAUAUUAUUCAUCAUUUAA